ACAGAACUAUUUUUUAAGUUGUAAAAGUUUCGGUGGAUAAAUAUUAAAAUGACACUACUGUUCGACACAAAAGUAGAAUUUCUAGAUUCAGAUGCUGUUGGCACCAUAGGUUCAUGGCAUUCACAUGAACCUAUAUUUGCCGUAGCUUCUUAUAGUCAAGAGAGAGGAGGUUCAGUAACAGUAUUUGCGGAUACAGGAGAACCGCAACGUGAUGUUACCUAUCCCGUCCACCCAACAUCACAAUGUACCGCCAUGGCUUGGCAUCCAGAAAGGGUUCUCUUAGUUACCGGAUGGGAAAAUGGUGAUAUACAUGUAUGGUUCGCGGGACAUCGUGAAUUUGCUAGUGUAAGUGGUCCCCACAAAGCGGCCAUAACAAUGGUCGAGUUUAGUGAACAGGGUGGACGUAUGGUGACAACAGACACUAUGGGUCUCUUAACUGGUUGGCGUUGUGAUGGUCAAUAUCAGUUUUUAACUAUGUUCUCACAUGAUUUGCGAGAUGUUUUAACGCUGAUAACAUUUCGCUGCACUAUAUGUAGUGAGUUAAGAGAAGAAAUGGUAAAUUUAGCUAAAGCUGCCGUGGCGGGUGAUGAAAAUGCCUUGGACACCUUAACCAAUUGGAGGCCACGGACAGCGGUACGUACAGCUACUCACACGGAUAUAAAGGAUAAUUAUUGUUUUUAUGUGUGCACUCAAGUCGGACGUUUGUAUUAUAUCAAUCAAGGUGGCACCUGUACUGAAGUAUUGGGCAAUAAUUCGAUUCCCAUAACUCAGAUGUUAUGGCAUCCGAAAAAAGAUGCUGUAGUUUGUUUAAUGGAUGAUAUGUCGGUUAUUUUGUAUUUAGUAGAAUCUACAGGUAUAUUAACCGAAUUGGAUCGUGUUAAAUUAAGCAGUCCUAUAACUGGUAAAAAGGGAGCUAUAACCUGGACAAGUUCAACAUUGGCUAUAAUAACUGGCGAUCUAUCCGUUCGCAUUUGGGACAUCGAAAAAAGUGACAAUUAUUUGCUAAAAAUGGACUUACCAAGCAAUAAAGCUCCCGUAGAACAUCAAACUACUGCAUCUCAAUUUUUCAGCCACGAUAGUAAUGAAAAUAAUUCUCUGGCAAAUCAUUUAAAUGGAAAUGGUGGCACUCUACUCAGACCCAUGAAAAGUAUUCAAAAUUCUAAUGAAUACUUCACCUGUAUCACUUAUAUUGGCGAUAAUCAAGCUUUAUGUGCUGGUACUAAUUUGGGUAAUCUUUAUACUUGGAAACGUACUUCAGGUUAUAUUCCAAAUGCCCCAGAAGAUAUGUGGAAACUUACAAAUGUUUCGGCUGUAAGAGGAGCUAUUAAACAGUGUUUUUGGGGUUUUAAUGAGUUGGCAAAACCUUGCAUUUUGGUAAAUUGUGUUUCUAAUGUUUAUGUUUUGAAGGAACAGCCAUUGCUUUCUCAACACACCCGCGAAAUAUGGGCCAUACAACAGAGUGCUCGUAAUAUUUUUCUACAGCAUGCUGAUCAAAGAAAUUGUGUGGUUCAGGCGGAAUUUAGUGUAACGGUUUUGGCUUUGAGCACUACAAAUUUGGCUUUAAGUAAUGGUCGUAGUAUUUCCACCUAUAAUAUAGAUAAAGUCGAUCGUUUGUCAGAUUUUGGCAAUAGUCUAGAAUCUUCUUCAAGUGGCUCUUUAAAAAAUGAUAAAGCUACUAGUCUUAGUGUAAAACUAUUGCAGACAUUUAAUGCCGAAUGUUUGGCUUUGUGCAUUAAUCAUCAGAAUAUAUUUUGCUUGACAGCCAUAGAUGUGAGUGUUUAUUCCAUAGGUGGAGUGGUGCUACAUAAGAUCCAAGCUAGUUCUACCGAAGGCAAGAUUAUAGGCAUGGAUCUUACAUCAUGUUAUUUUUCCAUAUUUACCAUGAAUGGUUAUAUCAAAACUUUUGAUAUCUCCAGACAUGAUCCCAAGAUAUUAUUUCCACCCAAAUCGGCUUAUGAUUUGUUUGAAGAUUUUGGAGAAGUUAUGCAGGUUAAAUGUAAUGCCAGUGGCACCCACUUGGCUUUGAUUAUAGCUAAUCGCAGUUUUGUUCCAAAACCUGUUUUAUAUUGCUGGGAUUUUGAGAAAAAUGUUUUAAUGGAGCAAGAUUUAUUGGAUAAGGAAACGGAAAAAAGUUCAAGUUCCUGUAUGCCUGUUUCUGUAUGGUGGGAUAUUGAAGAGCCUCGACUUUUGGCUUUAGAAAUUAAAACUAUGCAGCAAAAGUCCAGCACAGAUAAAGCUAAAACCCAAGAGAAUGCUGCUCACUAUGUAGAAACUAGUGUUUGGGUUAUGUUUUAUUCGGAAAAAAAUAAUUUAAACGUUUUAGAGACUAAGGAUUUGGAUGCAGGAGAACAAUUACUUAAUAUAUGCAUACCUAAUGUUAUUACAAUAGACAUUAAUUUGGUACGCGAAAAACCUUUAAGAGAUUUUGUUGAUCUUAAGGACUGUGAGCCCUCAACCCGUAAAAUGGUUUUAAACUUUAGCAUGCAUGUUUCCGAAGGUAAUAUGGACUUGGCUUAUCGCAGCAUUAGAUCGAUACAAUCAAAGGCGGUGUGGUCAAACUUGGCCAAAAUGUGUAUUGAAACCCAACGUUUAGAUGUCGCCAAAGUAUGUUUGGGUCAUUUGGAAAAGGCUAGCUCUGUAAGAGCUGUAAGACAAGCCUUAGAAGAUGAUGAUCUAGAGCAAGAUGCCAAAACGGCUGUAUUAGCCACCGAAUUGGGUAUGAGUGAAAAAGCUCAGGAGUUAUUUCGAAAAUCAGAAAGAUAUGAUUUAUUAAAUAAACAUUUGAGAUCGUUGGGUCAAGUAGAUGAAGCUAUAAAGUUGGCAGAAACACAUGAUCGUAUAAAUUUGAAGAAUACCUAUUUUCAAAAGGCUACCGAAUUAAGAGAGAAUGGUGAUAUUUCGGGAGCUUUACAAUACUAUGAAAAAACACAAAAUCCGGUACAGAAUAUUACACAAAUGCUGUUGGAAAAUCCGGCAUCAAUGAAGCGUUAUAUGCAAAACACAACUGAUCCAAAAAUGCUCAAAUGGUGGGGACAGUAUGUAGAAAGUUCGGGUGACAUGGAUGCUGCUUUAACUAUAUAUCAAAAGGCAGAAGAUUGGUAUUCCCAGGUCAAAAUACUUUGUUACUUGGGUAAAAUAUCGAAAGCCGACGCGAUUGCCCGACAAUCAGGCGAUCGGGCUGCUUGCUACCAUUUGGCUCGUCAUUAUGAAAAUGUGGGCAAAUUUCAAGAUGCCAUUAUGUUCUAUACCCGAGCUCAAACCUUUAGUAAUGCUAUACGUAUAUGCAAGGAAAAUGAUUUUCAAGAUGAACUUUGGACUGUAGCCAGUUCUUCGAGAAGUCGUGAAAAAGCCAUAGCAGCAGCUUAUUUCGAAGAGUGUGGUUCUUAUAAAAGAGCUGUUGAGCUAUAUCAUCGAGCUGGCAUGCUGCAUAAAGCCCUAGAUAUGGCUUUUGAAUCGGAGCAGCCUGAUAUAUUAGAAAUAAUAGCCUCGGAAUUAACAACAGAAUCCGAUCCCGAGUUAAUACAACGUUGUGCGGAAUUCUUUAUGAGCGUGGAGCAACAUCAAAAGGCUGCUCUUUUAUUAGCCAAGACAAAACAGCUUAAGAAAUCCAUACAGAUAUGUGUGGAAAAGGGUGUACCCGUUACCGAAGAUUUGGCGGAAAUGUUAACACCUGCUAAAGGUGAAGUAGAUGAGGAAUCGAGGGUUUAUAUUUUAACUCAGUUGGGAGAGUUAUUGCAGCAACAGGGUGACUACCAUACAGCUACUAAGAAAUUUACGCAGGCUGGUGAUAAAGUUAGAGGCAUGAAAAGUUUACUUAAGUCGGGUAAUACCGAAAAGAUUAUUUUCUUUGCCAAUAUGUCGAGACAUCGUGAAGUUUAUAUAAUGGCUGCCAACUAUCUACAGGCACUCAAUUGGCAAGAGGACAACAAUAUAUUAAAACAUAUUGUUACAUUCUAUUCGAAGGGUCAGGCCUAUGAUUCGCUGGCUAAUUUUUAUGCCAUUUGUGCUCAAAUAGAAAUCGAUGAAUUUCAUAAUUAUGAGAAAGCUUUAAAGGCCAUGCAAGAAGCUCAUAAGUGCUUAGAAAAGCUAGGAGGUCAUACCCAACAGGCUAGCAACAAUUUGCAGCGCACUAUGGUGGAAGUCAAAAAUAUAUUGGAUUUACAAAAUGCUUUAGAAAACGGAGAAAAUCAGACGGUUAUAGCAGGAUGUCGUAAUAUGUUAAUCAAACCUGAAAUGCCUCCCAUACGUCAAUCGGAUAUUAUAGCAUUAAUGGUACGAGCCCUGACCUAUACCAAACAAUAUAACGAAGCCGCCAAAGCCUUGAAAGAAUUAGUAAUGCGUGAACCAAACUGGAGUUCAUCGGGUGUACUGGAAAAAUCUUUGGUACAAAAAAUCGCUCACGAAUGUAAUCUAGAUUUUGAUUUGAUAUGGAAACCUAUGCAUGGCUCUUCGUCUAAUAAUGGCGAAGACAGUGAUGAUGAUCAUGAAGAUAUACAGGAAGUUUUGCGUUAA